CUUCAAAUCCACAACUUCUGAUUUUAUUUGCAGAGAACUCUUCUGGAUCGCCAUUAGAGAAUAUUCUCGAGCAUCUUUUUUUUCUUCUCUUUUGCUUCAGAAUAAUUCUUCAGCAUCUCCUUUCAUUUCAAGUUUCGAUUUCUGCUGAAUAACUGUUGUUCUGGGUUCUGUGUGAUCUAAUUUAUAAAGCGAGAAGAAUCGGAGGUGAAACCCUCGUGUUCUCGCCAUGGCUUCCUCUGGAAUCUCUACUGAAAGCGCUGAAUUGUCUGAUGCCGUUCAAAUACUGGAAGUUUGCAACCAGAUCGAAAUGGGAAAGAAGGUAGAGAUUCAAGGAACAGGUCAUGGGAGUCAUGAUGGGGUUUGUGCAAUAUGCUUAAAUAAGAUAGCUCUCCAAGAAACUGCCUUAGUGAGGGGUUGCGAGCAUGCCUAUUGUGCGACUUGCAUCCUUCGAUGGGCCUCAUAUAAUAAGAAUCCGACAUGUCCACAAUGUAAACAUCCAUUUGAGUUCCUGAUUGUGCAUCGUUCUCUUGAUGGGAGCGUCCAUGACUUUAUGUUUGAGGAGAGCGUAUGCCUACUUCUGAGAGCUUCAUGGUAUAUACCUCUGAUCGUUGAAGAUCGGGAAGAAACCUAUGAAGAUCCUGAUGAGUACUACCCUUACGAGGAUGAUGACGAAGAGUUUGAGGAAGCUUACCUGGGUGCAUCGUCGAGUCUCCGCAUCGGCAAUCGAAGGUGGGGAGACAAUGGAUAUGUGAGGGGAGGUCGACAAGAAGCACGACCAGUUAUUAGGUCAACUGUUCCAGUGCAUGCAGGAGCUAGUUCAUCACGUGAGCCUACAAAAAAAGAUGCUUCCAAAGAUAAAACCGGUCGACGAGCUAAAAGGGCCUUGAAACGGGAAGCUGCUGAUAAAGCUGCAGCAGCUAAACAUCAGGAACGUCUAGCUAGGUUUGGGCGGAAGUGAUUCAAGUUCCUGUAUAUAACAAGCCUUGCGCUUAGACCCUGUGUACAGUUCUAAGAUUCAAUUUACUUUCACAGUUGAAGUACCUUACCUCCCCUGAGCCUGGUGGCUCCCCAAUUAAAUCUAUGGUGGGGAUUAUACUUGCAUGGUAUAAAGGACACCCCAAUGAGUUCUUUGUAUGAACAUUGAAUCUCAAAAUCAAUCAUAGAACAAUUGUUAUGGUCA